AUGGCCCGCGCAGUCUGGAAGAUGCUGCAGGCGUUCAACGCCAACAUCCUUGUGCGGAUGGCCGUGUUCAGUGUGCUGGCUUUGGCACCCGUUCCCUGGCAGCUGGACGAGCCUUUGUUUCUGGGCGCCAUAGAGGGCAGGCAACUGCGCGAGAGCGGGUGCACCAAACUGCCCCAGCUGCCGCUUCCCUGUGUGGGACUCAUUGCCGACUGGUUCCCGCAGCCGGACAACUUGCGGACCAGCUUGGCCACGUUGGAGCAGUGGAUGCGGGCACUGCCCCUGUGGGAGCCAAUCCAGGAGAAGGACAUCCUCCCUGCUGCUGAGAGUAUGCCGGAUGGCCCAACCCUGACGAAGCGCCGGAACAACGCGGCGCUGCUGGCCGCGGUGACCAUCGGUUUCUUUGUCUUCUUGGCAGAGCUCGCAGUGGUCUUCCUGAACCGGAUCCCGGUUUGCCUGAAAACCUCAUGUGGGACUGGCUCCAAUCGCCAGAUGGGCAUGCAAAAAGGAGAUCCGCCAAAAGAUGUCGAAGCCCAAGUCGUGGCUCCCGAAGGACUCAGCGACACGACCCCCCUCAUCUCUCCCGGACAAGGCCCAGCUGCGGCCAGCAGCGUGAAGUACGAGAUGGAGCUGGGUCCUGGGAAGACGGCGAUCUUCCUUGUCUACUACAUCAUCCACAACACCCUCUUAUUGGCUCUGACGUCUUGGUCCAUGAGGAAUGGCCUCAUGUCCAGCGGGCUGGGCCUUGAUUGGGAGGUUCUGUGGUUUUGGCUGGUGACGGUCUUGGCCGUGGAUGUGGUGGGCUACACGAUUGUGUCCAUUCAGGCCACCUGGAUCAACCACAUUGUUCCACAUCCCGCUGGCGCGAUGCUGUUUAGUGUUCUUCCCAUUCUUGGACCACGAGUGGACCUAUUGAAGGACUGCCUUUUUGUCGGCGCGGUCUUUCAGCUGGCCGUUUGCGCUGAAAGCCACACCGCCCGGCUGCUAGGCAUGUGGUUCGGCAACCUGGCCCUCAUUACCAUAUUUGCGCCCGCGCCGCUCUUGAUGGUCGAGCCGAGCACGAGGAGGGACCUUGCCAGAGAGUUUUUGGCCGCCUUGGUGGCCAGACUCAAGGAGGCGCCGCAGCCAGUGCAGCAGGCGCCAAAGACAGAUGAGCAGGAUGGGAAGUCCCGAAGUUGGUGCUCGUGUGGAGAGGCGCCAAAGACUGAUGGGCAGGAGGAGGAGCCCAGGAGGUGGUGCCUGUGCGGAAAGGAGGAGCCAAAAGUGGAGCAGGAGAAUUCCGGAAAGUGUUGCACUUGCUCGGGUACGGAGGCUUGGAUAUCAUGCAAGCAUGCACCCUAA